ACCGCGAUUCGCAGUGUAUACAGCAUGCCUCACCUGCUCGAGCUACCUCCCGAGCUGCUGGAGCAAGUUCUCCUAGACUUAGACCCUCUCGAGGUAGCACAAGUCUCUCGAACAUGCCAUGCCCUCCACGGCCUCAUCAAUACUCCUUCGAGCGAGCUCUUUUGGCGCAGGCUCUACCUUCUCCAGCCCUUCGACGACCCGCGCACUUGCCGUAGCCCGCUCGGCGAGCCUAUUAGCUGCAUAAAUUGGAAGCAUUCGCUCCAGCGCAUUGUCCGCGCACGCACAGUCGUGAAGAAUCAGGAUCUAUGUCGCCCCAACGAACGCAACGCUAUUGUCGAGACGCUGCUUGACUUCGCAAGACACACGACCCCGCUCUCGAGCACCCUUGGCGACGAGCUUUCGCUCAACCUCGUAUGGCUUGCCGCGCUCCUCCGGGGCAGCACCUUCUUUAAUGCGCCGCUUUGGGUACCCAACCCUGAGGAGACGAGGAUUCGCGCGCAUAUCCACACGCUCUGGACUUACAGCCUGCGACUUCCUACCUCGACGACGCACAGAUAGCCGCUCAUACGUGUACUCCUUCACGCACUAUUCGGCGAAGAACAGAUGGGGACCGUUCAUUCAAGAUGGAAGCGGGCGGGUCAACUGGGAGCACGUCCUCGCUGUACACCACGUUAUGAGCAUGCAGAUUGUGCCGCAGCCGCAGGUCGAGCAUCAGGACCCGUACAUGAUCUUCCCAAUGAGCCUGCCGUUUACACAGAGCAUCCUGCCGGUGGAUCUAGAUCUCAACGCGACCGAAGAUUGGGCCGGCAUCGAAGGCGUAUGGCAGUGUGCAUUCUCGUUUAUCGAUCAUCGCGAGCUGCUCGUAUUCAACAAUCUCUCGGGCCGACACUUCGACGAUGAGUUGAGGACCGCGCUCUUUGAAUCGCCCGAUUUCGUCGAGAUCUUCAGCAGGCUUGACGUCAUGCUCAAGCUCAUCCGCACUGAGCCCGACCCGGAGCAUCCUACGCGUCCGAUUUUGCAUUUCACGUGUGAGAGCAGGACGGGCACUACCAUGGUAGGCUACGUGUGUGUGACGCCGGACGACAAUAUUCGCUGGCAUUUUGAGAGUGGGCAGAAUGGCGACAAUGUCUGGAGUUCGGAGGGAGUUCAGGUAGGUAACGUCCGCUCGCCAUUCGGGGUUCUUGGCACCUGGACGACGACCACGCACGACGUGGGCGACCCCGUCGGUAUGUCCUCUGUUUUGCAUCAU